AUGGCAGUUAUCGAAGUUGAAAGUCAAGACGAAUUCACACUAUUGACGACCAAAGAGUCUGGUGAGCAUUUAAUAACACUUUACUUCCACACAAGUUGGGCGGAACCAUGUAGGCAAAUGAAUGAAAUAUAUAAAGCUGUCAGUGAGGAGCCUUCAAAUAAAGAUAUAGUUUUCCUUUCCAUUGAUGCCGACUCAAAUGCAGAAAUUUCUGAGUUAUUUGAUGUCAAUGCUGUUCCAUAUUUUGUGUUAAUUCAAAAUGGUAGUAUCUUAAAAGAGCAAUCUGGUGCUGAUCCUAAAGAUUUUAUCAACACCUUAGAAGAGUGUAAGAAAUUUAUUUCGAAUCAGCAAGCUAAAGAUGAGGACGGUUUAGAAGAGGAAGAUGAGGAGGCAGAGACCGAAGAAGAAAUAGCUGACAGAUUGUCAAAACUUGUCAAGGCUGCGCCAGUCAUGCUAUUCAUGAAAGGUAACCCAUCAGAACCAAAAUGUGGGUUUUCUAGACAGAUUGUAGGUAUAUUAAGAGAACAUCAAGUUAGAUUUGGAUUUUUCGAUAUUUUGAAGGAUGACGCUAUUAGACAAAGUAUGAAGAAAUUUUCCGAUUGGCCUACUUUCCCUCAGCUAUAUAUAAAUGGUGAAUUCCAAGGUGGUUUGGAUAUCAUUAAAGAAUCGUUGGAGGAAGAUCCUGAAUUUUUCCAACAUGCGCUUCAAGCGUAG